AUGGCAGCACCAUCCAAACGCCCCGAAAUCAUCGCCCUCUCGCAGGACCUACGAGGCAUCCCGCAAUGCGAAGAAUACGAGCGCAUGAUCUUCGGCAUGAUCCAUAACGAACCCGAACCUAACCCCAAAGCACGGUCCAACCCCAACACCCCCAAGCUCCUGGACGCGCGCCACCGCUGCCGCAGGCUGGCCCGCGCCUACAACGGCUUCGACACGACGACCAUCCCAUCUUCCCAGAUUUUCGAGGCCCGACUCGCGCUCCUCCGCUAG